AUGACAUUGGAUAAUCACGCUCUUCACACGAGACGCGCUUUCGAAGUCAUUGCGGCGCGUUCCUCCAGUCCGUAUAAGACAUCUACCCUCGAACGCGAUGUCUCUUUCGUCCCCGUACCUCGUCUCAUCCAUCCCUCCUCCUCCUGGACAACCUUUGCUGGCCGACGUACUCUAACCAUGUUCUUCACUCCAGAAUUGUUGCAGCGGCGUGAUUCUGGCUUCGGUCUCAUUUGGCUGGCCGCUACCCUCGGUUCGAAAUCUGCCCUUCGCAAGCUACCGCGUAAAGGCAUUCUUUCUGCGGAUAUCCCCCAACUAUGCGAGAUGAUCAGUUCGCCUCCAGAGCCCCUUGCUCUGAGGCUGAGCGCGAACCUCAUGGUUGGUGUCAUUCGCGUUUAUCACGCGCGACACGAUAUCUGGGCUGCGGAUGUCACCCAUACGUUUACUAACUUGAAGAAAGCCGUCAACGCCAUGUAUGCGGAGAGCGGCGCGCUGGCCCUCGAGAUGCCUCAGGGGACCAUUAGGGCAGAUAUGAUCACUCUUCCUGAUGCCGGAGAUAGGACAGCGAUUGACUUCAAUAUCGACUUCGAUUUCAACUUUGACUUUGCCGCCAUGAACAAGGAAUGGGAAGAACACGGCACACUCACUCCCGCUCCUCGAAAGAAUCCCCGCAAUAUCACUCUCGAUGAAUCGCACAUCCUUGAUGCUCCAGACGUUUCUAUGAUGCACGACUAUGAUUUCGACUUCAACUUCGAUUUCGGACCCACAAGGGGGCACGACUCAUCCUCCGCUGUACCCCGUUCCUCCCGGAUAGGCGGGGCGGGCAGCCACGUGCCGUCUUCUGGAAAUGAGCCAUUCAUAUCUGAUAUCGACCUCGGACUUGCAGAUGGCGGCAUUGAUCAAGACGGAAGGAUCAAUCUAGGUCUUGGGCUUGAAGAUGAAGGCUGGGCUGCCCAGGGAUGGGGUGGAGAGGAAGCUGGCCCUGGUGCUCAGCUCGAUCUCGGUCUCGAUAUUGAUAUGAACUGGGUAGAACCCGUCCCCGCUUCGCCUUCAGAAAAUCUAUCGUCAGUUAUCAGAAAAGACAUGACGGCUGGUCCUCACCGCAAACCCCGCAAGCUCGGUCUUAAUGGCAGCAACGAACAGCUCGGGCGUGAGCGUACGCCGUCUUUGACGCACUCCCAGGAAAGUCCUCCUAGCGUGGAUGAGCUUGAUGCUCUGCCUCCUGGGAUCAAACGUCCUGGGGAGCAGCUCGAAGUAGCAAAGAAAAAGAAGAAGCGAGUUCGGUUGUUGUUGGAUGCGAGGACGGAGCUGACUGAUGCCGAGCUCGUAGCUAAUCGUGAGGGUUACCACGACAAUAUGCUCACAGCCAGGGCUGAAGCUCAAGAUAAAGCGCCAAAGCCUUGGGUGAUGGACCUUCUUUUCAAGGAUAUUCCAGAUGCAUAUGAAGCGCCCGAGUUGCGAGAGUGCUUCGCUAACGUCAUCAAGUCCAACCUUGAAGCGAGAAAGAGGCGCUGGGAAGAAGAAGCAGAAGAUGAACGCACUGUUCGCCGUCGUGUCGAUGUUGCUCAAGAAGUCGAGCAUGGGCGUGGGGAUGGUAUGAUCGUCUAUCCAGAUGACGAUCUUCAGGCGCAGGGUUGGGAACAGCCACAAUAUGAGUAUGAAGAUAUGAACUCGAACGACCCUGGUCUGAACCAAACAAGGACACCAAAGAGCAUCCUUCGUCCUUCUCUAACAAACUCGGUCGAGCAAGGCCGUGGUGCCUCUAUCCUCCACGAAAUCAGUCAAAAGAGCAAUUCUCUCCCGUGGGACAAUCUGGACGUCGACGGUGGUCCCAGUUCGUCGUGGGCACCAUUCAGUGUGACCGGCGCGCGAUCCAGCGACGGGAUGGUGGGACUAUUUUCUCCGAGACCUGAAGGCAGCAUAUCCGGUUCAAGGGGGAGGCGUGGGAGCCGUGAAGGCUCUCUGAUUCCAUCUGAACUCGGCUCAACUCCCAGGCAAUCUUUUGGUGCUGCGGCUGCAGGACCCCUUGAAGAGUUCGGGGGUUUCGUCGAGGCACCUCUUCUGAAUCAAACACAGUCGCAGAGUCAGUCCCUAUCACAAGAUCCGGCAACGUUGGAAAGAAACUCGUAUAACUUCCUAGAGCUCGUGCAUUUCUUGAUCAUGUCGCAGCAUGGGCUUCCUCCCGGCGCUGGCCCAACUGGGAUCACGCUCGAUGGAGUCUUGCCCGAAGGAGCCAAGACAAAACACGUGGCUGCGAGUGCUUUCUACAAUUGCCUUGUGUUGGCAACUAAGAGUUUGAUCACUGUCGAGCAGGACGAGGCCUACGGCGAUAUCAGCGUCUAUGUUCUCUGA